AUGAUCGGUGAUGCUAACGCCGCCCAUGACGCCCACACUGUCGGUCUGGCUCCGGUACGCUGGCGGAAUGAGGUGGGCGUGCAGGGUUGGUAUUGUGGGGGGGUAGCGGUGCAGAGGGUCUGUAAUGUGGAUGUAGAGGGUUGGAACGAGUUGAUCGAUUUCAUCGUCAUCGUCGUCAAUGUUGGGAGUGGCGGGCUCGGUCUUCAGCGCCUUGGUGAUUCUCAAGUAUUGGGUAUCAUCUUGAUGGAUGUACACACCGGCACUUGUACAAUACCGCUAAGCCUGCGAUGGAUUGGUAUUGGCAAAUGGCCAUCCAGAGCUUCCAGCUUCCCCGUUAUCUCGGCUAGUUUGAGGAUCACGUUACUUGUCUUGUGUCAUCAAAAUAGCCAGGAUGUAGCAGUGGCAAAUCACAUGAUACUCAAACUACCCGAGCGCAUGAGUAGUCGCCUAGACCCACAAGGCACCUUCACCUGGAGCGGAUUAGCGCCUUGGACCCAUGAUGCGCUACCCAUCCAGGCCCAUACCGCUCUGCGACACCAUGCCGCCGCCAACUUAUCGACGACUGCGACUGCCUUGAGACGUCACCGCGCUGGUCCUCGUCCGCCUCGACUGCAUCGCCCUGCCAUCGCUAUUAUGCCCGCGUCAACAGAGAAGAGUCAACUGAAGCGAGGCCGUUACUCACAAGGCGAGGAAGCUGAUCCAAAGAGGACCCGUCAUUCGCGCCUGUCGCCGACGCCAGGCAGCCGCAUUAAGCAGGGACAACUGCCUUCUCCGAUUACGAAUAAGAAAUCCACAUCGGAGGACUACAAGGAGCGCACCGCCACGCCUCCUCCAAGCAGCAGACCCAGCCAGGCCGUUCGUAGCCCGCGUGGUCCAGGAGGCUUGUCGUCACCUCCCUCCGAUACACAGCCAUUCUCGCAAUUCGCAUAUCCAACGCAAAAUCGCACAUAUGCCGUGGCCGACGAAGAGGGUGAAGAGGUGUGGGGCUACUUGGUACCCAUGGAUGGGUAUAAGGGUGACGUAAUGGUGCUGCGCCGCCGAGAGGGCUGUCCUGUGCCUCAAUCGAUUGUUGGCCAAUUCAAGUCUGGCGAGCAGUCCAAGGACGAGUACAAAGGUCAAGAAGACAAGUACGAGAAGGAAAAGGCAGAAAAGGGCGUCCCUGCCGGCGGAUACCUCAUUGGCCGUCAUCGGGAGUGUGAUCGCAUCAUCGAGUCCCCCGCCGUAUCAAACCGACACUGCCUCCUCUUCGCCGAGAAGAAGGGUGGAGAGACAGUCGCGGUACUCGAAGACCUAUCGGCUAACGGAACAUUCGUCAACGAAGCCUUCGUUGGGCGAAAUAAGCGACGUGAAUUGCACGAAGGUGACGAGAUUGCCAUCCUUGACGAGGCGAGAUAUGUCUUCAAGUACCCGAAGAAGCGCACAACACAUCGAUUCACGCAACAAUACACUAUACAAGAGCAAUUGGGCAAGGGUCACUUUGCUUCCGUCUACCUCUGUGUAGAGAAGAACUCUGGCAUUCGAUAUGCAGUUAAGAAGUUCGAGAAGCGUUCCGGCCCUGGUGAGAAAUCAAAGGUCGAUGGUCUACAACAAGAGAUUGCUGUGCUCAUGGGUGUCAGCCAUCCGGCAUUGCUAUGCUUGAAAGACACAUUCGACGAGGAUGAUGGCGUCUACCUCGUUCUGGAACUGGCGACCGAGGGCGAGCUAUUUAAUUGGAUUGUCAUGAAGCAAAAGCUGACUGAGCCGGAGGCGCGCAAGGUGUUUGUGCAGUUAUUCCAGGCUGUCAAGUAUUUGCAUGAACGCAACAUUGUGCAUCGCGACAUCAAGCCAGAAAAUAUCCUACUUACUGAUAAGAACUUGUCUAUCAAGCUGGCUGAUUUUGGACUGGCGAAGAUCAUCGAUGUCGCACCCGAGAUAUUAGAGAAUUCGAACCACCGUCGCUACACGCGUGCUGUCGAUGUCUGGUCAUUAGGCGUAGUCCUCUACAUUUGCUUGUGCGGCUUCCCGCCAUUCUCGGACGAGUUGUACAGCCCAGAGAACCCCUACACAUUGUCACAGCAGAUCAAGAUGGGACGGUUCGACUACCCGUCACCAUAUUGGGACUCCGUUGGCGACCCAGCUCUCGAUCUCAUCGAUCGCAUGCUGACAGUCGACGUCGAGUCUCGAAUAACGAUAGAUGAAUGUCUCGAGCACCCAUGGACCACGGCAAAUAAUACCAUCAACGUCAACGAUAGUACCGAUGGCUUGACUGGUGCCAUCCAAAAGCUAGACUUUUCAAAGCGAAAGAUGCAGCGCGAACGCACCCUACUCAGCAGUAUCAACGACGUUAAGGUCGCUCGUGUGAUCAAGGGAAUAGAGGGCCAAGAUGCAGUCAAGGUCUACGAAAAGAUUGGUGGCAUCAACGGCACGAAGAUGAAGGCCGAUAGAGAGUCGCACCCGGACAGCAAGAGAAACCCCCAAGAGUUCAUUGAGAUGGGUGGCAAAGGCGACCAGACAUUGUACUCUGAGGAAGAAGAUGGAUCCCGAUACCCCGCGGAACAUAGCCUCUCCGUCCAAGAGAAGGACGGCUAG